CUCUCCGCCUCUUCCUAGAGCGGCCCGCAGCUCCGCUAACAGCCCGCACUUCCGGCGGGCGAGGCGCGAGGCGAGCACAGUGGCGGCCUGCGCGAAAAUUCUGAGUUACGUUUCUCUAGGCUAUGAGACCCUAGUUCAGAAGACAGUAGAAUCUCUUGACGAUACAUUUGGUUAUUCACCAUGAGGUUAGCAAAGCCUAAAGGUGCUAUUUCUCGAAGCUCAAACCAAGGCAAAACCUACGAGACCAAGCGUAAGACAGGCCGCCAGCGGCAGAAAUGGGGGGUGACCAUUCGAUUCGACUCCGGCUUAAGUCGGCGGAGAAGGAAUGUGGAUGAGAAGCCCUACAAAUGUACUAGAUGUGCGAAGAGUUUCGGUCAGAGCUCCACUCUUUUUCAGCACCAGAAGAUCCAUACAGGAAAGAAGUCCCAUAAAUGUGCUGAUUGUGGGAAGAGUUUCUUCCAGAGCUCGAACCUCAUUCAGCACCGGCGGAUCCACACUGGGGAAAAGCCCUAUAAGUGUGAUGAGUGCGGAGAGAGGUUUAAGCAGAGCUCCAAUCUCAUUCAGCACCAGAGGGUUCACACUGGAGAGAAGCCCUACUGCUGUGACGAGUGUGGCCGGUGCUUCAGCCAGAGCUCCCACCUCAUUCAGCACCAGAGAACCCACACCGGGGAGAAGCCCUACCAGUGCGAGGAGUGUGACAAGUGCUUCAGCCAGAGCUCUCACCUGCGGCAGCACAUGAAGGUGCACAAAGACAAGAAGCCACGCAAGAGGGGCAAGAACACCAGGGCCAAAGCUCACCCGGUGUCCUGGAAAGCUGGUAAAGGGAGGAAGGCAGUGGCUGGGCUCCGCCAGGUGAAGGGUACUGCUUCAGGCCUUUUUAAAAAGAAAAAGUGAAAGAACGAAGCUGCUUUAUAGUAGAGCGCUUAGAUUUCGGAUCCUUCCCUAGCAUGGAGACGUCAGGCGUCUCGUAACAUUGGGCUAAAUUCAGUCCAGCUGUCCUCACUUCUUUAGAAAAAUAAUGCAUUUAUGUGACGUGGAGCACAAAGAACUGAAAAAAAUGUUUGGUGAGGAUAUAAUAUCCUUGGCCUCAAUUGAAAUUUCUCCCCUUUGUUUUGAUAAAAAGCAUCAGGUUUUCAUGAUUCACAGGUGUGCCAAUGAUUACUCUGAUUUUAGGAAUUUCUGUAGAUGGAAUCAUUAAAAAAGGAAUGAAUUCUCCAGUUCUGGGACAGACUGUAUUUUAUGUUUUUUUUUUAAUGUUCUGUAGUUUAUUAACAUUAGUUCAAGUGUUGAUUCGACAUUUGACAUAAAAUGCAUUCAAGUUGUAGAUGUUUUUCUUUUUUGUUAGGGUCUAUUAUAUGAAGUAAUGAGUUUCAUUUUCUCCAUUGUGUAUGAUGUAGCUAUGUGAUGUACUUUGCUUGUAUCCAGCCUUCUUACCCUCACCUCCACCUCCUAGAUGGCUCCCUCCACUUACAAUGUUUGUCCUAGGUUCUUUAAUGAGAGAAGAUGUACUCCAUUAUUUUCUUGAGUCUGGCUUACUUUGCUUAACGUAAUGAUCUCCAGUUCUUCCCAUUUUUCUCCACACAUGAUUUUGUUGUUUUUGGAUAAAUAAUAGUUUAUUGUAGCUUUCGAAGGCUUUAAUGUCAGCCCAUUUAGUUUGUUUCCUUCUACUGUGUGAUUAAAGGGGUUAAAAGGUCCCCAUGUGGCUUUUUUU